AUGGCGGCACAUCUCUCUUGCAUCGCCUACAUUGCGCGUCCCAGGAUCUUGGCAACAGGCGGCGAUGCGUGGAGUCUACAAUCCGUCGCAGCUUGUCCGAGCAUUCCCGGAGUUUCACUCUUGGACGCUGGCGAUGGCUCCUCCUUUCUCGUCACUCGCGCUGUCGGCACCACCUCCAAGCUCCUCGUCGCGCGGGAGAUGAGAAACUUGGAGGUCAUUGGCUACGAUCUUGUUGCGAGCGCUCUCAACGGUCUCGUCGCGAGUGGACCAAAGCCGAGCUUCUUUUCCCACACCGAUGCUAUGGGGGACAACGAACGAGAGAUGGAUGAGCUUUUCUCCGGGAUCACAAGCGCAUGCAUCGCCGGAUUGCCCCAUCAACCGCGGAAGUGGAGUAAUUUUCAAGAACUUCGCUGCUCUAGUAUGAUCAUCUCUAACACGACUAAAUGUUUCACAGAAGAAAACUCCGCGCGGAGUUCUUGCCGGCAUGGCCUUGGGCGAAGUUCGCAAGGAACUCUUGCUCGAUGGACGUGGGAUCCAAGCCGGGGACUGGCUCAUCGGCCUCGAGACCCAAGCGCUCCACUCCCAGAAGUUUGGAAGCGUCCUCAGGUGCUUGAUCUGAUCGCCAAGAAGAAAAUCAAGGCUGCCGCGCACAUAUCCUCCGCGGGGAUCACGGAUGCCAUCGCCAAACUUCUGGGACCUCGCGAGUUUGGCGCGAGCAUACGAAGGCUCGGCUCCUGGCCACUCCCGCCAGUGCUCGUGUGGAUCAAAGAGGUAGAGUUUCUCGAGUCAUAUUUUGAUCUGAUCGUUUGCUCCAAGCAGACCGGGGAUUUGAGCGACGAAGAAAUGCUGGCAGCCUUCAACAUGGGACUGGAAAUGGUGCUCGUUUGCGACAGUGCUCGCGGCUAUGAAGUCGUGGAUGUCGUUCGCGGCGCUCAUCACAUUGGCAGUGUGAUCGCUGGCAGUGGAAUCAUCAUAGACAAGCUGCGCAACUAG